AUGCCCAACGGAGGCUGUGGAUGCUGCGGUGGAAAUAACAACUACUCCGUCUCCCACUGCUGCUACAGCAGCCCGAAGUGCUGCAAGACGCAGAGCUGCUGCACGCCCAUGCAGUGCUGCUACCCCAGCUCCUGCUGCAUGCCCAUGCCAACCUGCUGCUACAUCAUGAGCAACAACAACAGCAACAGUGGCUGCUGCGGCAACUAA